CUCCUACUCGGAUUUCCGAACGUGGGGCGAUGUCUCCCCAGAUUAAAUUAUCCUAGCUCCUGCCCCAGAUCACUUCCCCUCUACUCCAUCAGAGUCCAGUCCUCCAAAAGCUGAAUUUGGGGCAGGAAGGGGAUCCUGAGCUCAGCUAUCCCAGGAGCCUGCGGCGGCUGUGGUGAGCUACAGGGCGGCGACUGUGAGCUCCGAGCAAUGCGCAGACGCCUGGAGAUCCAGUGUGAGGAUGAGACCAGGUCGUUGGGUAAAGGAAGUUGUCCCCCAGGGCCAGUCCCGGAGGGCCUGAUCCGCAUCUACAGCAUGAGGUUCUGCCCCUAUUCGCACAGGACCCGCCUAGUCCUCAAGGCCAAAGGCAUCAGACAUGAAGUUGUCAACAUUAACCUGAGAAACAAGCCUGAAUGGUACUAUACAAAGCACCCUUUUGGCCAAAUCCCUGUCCUGGAGAACAGUCAAUGUCAACUGAUCUACGAGUCUGUCAUCACUUGUGAGUACCUGGAUGAUGCUUAUCCAGGAAGGAGGCUGUUUCCGUAUGACCCUUAUGAGCGAGCUCGCCAAAAGAUGUUAUUGGAGCUCUUUUGUAAGGUCCCACCAUUGACCAAGGAGUGUCUGGUAGCAUUGAGAUGCGGGAGAGAAUGCACUGAUCUGAAGGUAACCCUGCGACAGGAGUUCUGCAACCUGGAGGAGAUUCUUGACUAUCAGAACACCACCUACUUUGGUGGAGACUGUAUAUCUAUGAUUGAUUACCUUCUCUGGCCCUGGUUUGAGAGGUUGGACGUAUACGGGAUAGCAGACUGUGUGAACCACACCCCAGCCCUUCGGCUCUGGAUAGCAGCCAUGAAGCAGGACCCCACAGUAUGUGCUCUUCUCAUAGAUAAGAACAUUUUUCAGGGUUUCUUGAAUCUCUAUUUUCAGAACAACCCUCAAGCCUUUGACUUUGGGCUACCCUGAGCCUCAUAGACCACCCCUUCACUAUCCAGAAUUCCCAGGCUUGUCAUGAAUCUGCAUCAGGGAUUGUCUUGGGAAUCAAGACAAUUCAUUCCUUUUCUUUGAGAUUCCCAAUAAAAACAAAAACAGAAAAUGUA